AUGAUACGCAUCAUCAGCCUCGUCCUCGCCUUGGCCUCAACCACAAACCAAGCCCUCGCAACGCCCGCACCCGGCCCUCGAGUCGACCUCGGCUAUGCCGUCUACGAAGGCCUCUACAACGCCACCCUCGACCUCAACAUAUGGAAAAGCAUCCGAUACGCCGCUCCGCCAGUCGGAAACCUGCGAUGGCAAGCCCCCCAAGAACCCCCCCAAGCCACGACCCCGAACCGCCUCGUCUCGGCCGUAGAUCAGCCCCCCUGGUGUCCCCAGUCGGGAGCCUACGGCGUGCCCUCCGUCUACGGCUUCAACUCCGGCCCCGGGGACGAAGACUGCCUCUAUCUCAACGUCUACGCGCCGCCUCAGGCUGAGAACCUGCCCGUCCUCGUCUGGAUCCACGGUGGCGGCUACUCGGUCUUCGGCGCCACAUACGACCCCAGGGCCCUCAUCAAGACCAACAACAACUCCUUCAUCACCGUCGAGAUCCAGUACCGCCUCGGCGCCUUCGGCCAGCUGGCCUCGCCCGACGUCCAGCGGCACGGCAGGCUCAACGCGGGACUCUUGGACCAGCGCUUUGCACUGCAGUGGGUGCAGAAGCACAUUGCCAGCUUCGGCGGCGAUCCGAGGCGCGUCACUGUGGGCGGAGAGUCGUCUGGCGCGGCGUCGGCCAUGUAUCAGGCGCUGGCGUACGGUGGGAGGGAAGCAGGGCUGUUCAGCGGCAUCAUCUUGGCGAGCACAUACGUUCCCCCCAUCUACCCCUUCGACCACGACGUUCCCACCGGCCACUAUCACGCCUUUGCCGAAGCUGCAGGCUGUGGAUCGUCUUUUGCUCUGAGCAACCACUCAAGCGUCUUCGACUGCCUCGUCGCCGCCGACACGACCAUCUUGCAAUACGCCAGCGGCCUCGUCUCGACGUCCAGGGGGUACUUUGGCAGCUUCGCCUGGUUGCCCGUCAUUGACCACCACUUCAUCCAGCACCGGCCCUCGGCACAGCUUGGCUGCGGCAAAGUCAGCGGCAAGCACCUCUUGAUCGGGACCAACGCAGACGAGGGCGUCCCGCUGACAAACCCCAACAUCACCACCAAAUCCGCCUUCGACGCCUUCAUCUCGUCUACCCUCCCCCAUCUGACAAGCGCCGACGUCUUCGCCCUCAACCGCAUCUACGACACGGCCGCCGCCCAGCCCGGCGACAACGGCACCCGCUUCGACACCCCCGGCGACGACCCCGGCGGCCCCACGGCCAACGCCGUCUCGGGCAUGGCCACGGGCAUCCAGCAGACGGCCUUCAACGUCGCCGCCGAGUCCACCUUCCACUGCCCCUCGCAGUGGCUCGCCGAGGCCUUCAGCGCAGCUGAUUCAUUGGGCCGCCGCCAUCGUCGUCGCGCGUGGAAGUACCAGUACUCGCUCGACCCGGCGUAUCACGGCGCGGACCUCGGCGCGUACUUUGCCCUCGCGGACGACGACGACGACGACGAUGGCCCCCCGAGUCGCGGCUUUCGGCACAGCUUCCGCCGGAUCUGGGGCGAGUUCAUAGUCAGCAACAACCCCGUCAUCUCCGUGAGCGAUGCGAAAGCGGGUAACGCAAACGCCACGGUGCCCAUUGACGACGACAACGACAGCAGCAGCAACCCAGAGGAUAGUACGAUCGCGUGGCCGGCGUUCAGCGCGCAGGACCAGACGUUCCUGAACCUCAACACCACGGGCGGCGAGGUGCAGCUGGUGACUGUGACGGAGGAGCUGAGCUACUACGUGCGCGGGGGGGAGGGCGUCGUGAAUGAGUUUCGGCUGGCGGAUGGGAGGAGCUGGGAGGGGGGGAGGGGGCAGAGGUGUGAGUUUUGGCGGGCUGUCGCGCCAAGGGUGCCUUUUUAA